CUUCAAUCCCUUCUCCGUCUCCACGAGACUAUGGAGCCAUUAAUGCUCUGAAACUAGCUUGUUCAACCUCCAAAUAGGGAAAACGUGAGAAUCUUGCAAAUACAAGGACGAUUGAAUGGAUAAAAACGUCACCCCACCUUCAGAGCUCGGUUUGCUGAAAAACCUUUCAGAUUUUCGGCUUCAACGGUCUCAACCUUUCAAAUCAUCUCUGAAAAAGUUCUCGGCUAAGCAAGCUCUUCAAGAGGAUUCGGCGACUCGAGACGACAACAAGCCUCAGUUCGCUGUCACGGAGAAGCACCUUGGGAGUUUAUCAGCAAAACUCCACGAGCUGUCCAAUUGGACUGAGCUACAAGCUGCGUCUGCCCCAUUCUAUUCCUCAUCGAGUCACUAUUUCUUAUUUGUUUCGAUGGAGUCUCCUAGUUCGGUGUUGGGAUUCUUGAAAGAGAUGUCCAGCCACUUCUCUCUUCUUGUUGGCCUCGCAUUUACUUAUUACCGUAUUCAUUGUAUUACUUGAACUAACACCAGCCCUUUGAGUUUUCGGUGUUGAUAUGCUCUUGUUUGUGA